AUGGGAUAUUUAGUGAUACGAAUGCCAGAAAUCCUUAGGCUCAUCUGUCGCGAAAGUACUGCAGAUCUCAGAGCAGCCCUCCAAGAAGGCCGGGUGUCAGCCUCCGAAAAAAUUGGAAAUUACUCAUCGCUUGAAUGGGCCUUCGAUUGGCCAGAAGGCGUGGAGAUUCUCCUUGAAUUUGGAGCAGAUCCAAAACAACAUUUUCGAUCACUUGUUUACCCUGGCGCGGGACGUCAUUCUUCAGCUGCAUUGCUUCUCAAAGAAGGAUGCUUUUUAUCUCAGGCUCACCUCUAUAAAAGUGUUUCUUGUGACGAUGGAGGGGAAAGACUGAGGUUACUGGUUAAUGAACUCACAGCAAGACGCAAGAAACUACGCAAGCUUGCUGAAGAUUCUCUUCCGUGGGCUUCGAUCUCCGGUUAUGUCGGCGACAAAAUCCUUGAUGGACAAGACUGCCAAAAAAUUUUGGGAUUACUGGUUGAACAUAAAAUACCCUUCCCACAUCCAUUUACAACACAGGAUAAAAUUGAGAAAUUCUUGAUGAAUUCUAACGGGGAGACUGUUUACCAUGAUUUGCAAAAUAAACAGUGCGCUGAAGCAUUGUAUCUAGCGGGGUUUCUUGACGCUGAUAUGCUUGACUCGAAAGGCAAUUCACCACUCAGUACCUUGGCAUACUAUGCAUACUAUUCAUGUUCAGACUUCAUUGAAAUGAUUGAGUGGCACAUGUCAAAAGCUGCUGAUAUUCACCGCCGACUGCCCUGGGCCAAUGAAUCGGUCAGCCAUUUCUUGGUCUCGCAGAUAAUCAAUUAUGCUUUGUUUGAUCGAAGGGACGACCAUUCAUCCCAUAAGACCAAAUCUGAGAACAAUCUGCAAAGCCUUAUCACAAUGAGCGAUGUAUUUUUCGCACCCACGAGGAUUCCAGACCGUUGCAACUGCCCCUGCUCCUCCAAUGGAUGCACAGCACUAUCAGUGUUUCUCCGAGAACUCAGUGCCAGUGAAAGCUGGCAUUGUCCACAAUGCGUUAGAGGAGUAUUCGAGAAACUCGAAGAGUGGGAUCAAGCCUACUGGAAGGAACCACGAGCAUUCAUCAGAUCUUUGACCUUCAAUGCAUUGGAUCUGAAUCACACCUGUUUCGCCAAUACCAGAAAAGGUUAUGUUUAUCUUCGACAUCUACGCCCAGAUAACGAGGAUUGGAUCAAUGACAACCGUGACGAACAAUCGGCACUGAUUGAAUUCGAGGAGCUUGUGGCAGACUUGGAGCAGGAGUUUGAGAAGCGUUCUCUACCUUUGAAGGAAUUUCUGUCCGGACCUUGGUACAGACGUGUCAAAGACCAUCUGCUGACCCGACAGCCCCACGAGGAGCAGACCAUUGCAGGUGCAAGGAGCGUGGGAGUGGAGCUUGAGUUUUGUGGACUUUCUGUACCUGAUUGGAUGGAGAUUUGCAUUGCAAACAAGGUGGAAGAGCUCAGUGAUGAAGAGUGA